AUUCUAGAGAACAACAAAUUUUUAGAGAAAUUCUUUUAAGAUUACGCAAUAGUGAAUCUAUAUUUGAAGAUUGGACAAUACUUACUAUAUGUAUUGAAGAAAAACAUAAUAAAACUGAAUAUGAUCGAUUUUUAAAUGCUAUGUUUAUAUUACCAAAAUGGUCUGAAGUUGAUGCAGUUGACUUAAAUAAACUUGAAUCUUUAAAGAAUCCUAUUGUCAAAGUUCUUGCUAAAUAUACUGGUGACCAAGAAGCUAAAAAAGCUAAUUCUGAUGUUGCUAAAAAAGCUGGAUUAGUUAAUGGAUCAAUAGAAACUAUUUAUGAUAUUUUAUACAAUGAGAAUGGUCCACCUUUUCUUCCUGUAGCA